CCCUGCGGAAGGGCGAGGAUGCAAAGUACCAUGUUCUUGGCUGUCCAGCACGACUGCAGACCUAUGGACAAGAGCGCAGGCAGCGGUGCCAAGAGCGAGGAGAAGCGAGAGAAGAUGAAACGGACCCUUUUAAAAGAUUGGAAGAACCGUUUGAGCUACCUCUUGCAAAAUUCCUCCACCCCUGGGAAGCCCAAAACUGGCAAGAAAAGCAAACAACAAACUUUUAUUAAGCCUUCUCCGGAGGAGGCCCAGCUGUGGUCGGAAGCAUUUGAUGAGCUGCUAGCCAGCAAAUACGGCCUGGCUGCAUUCCGGGCUUUCUUAAAAUCUGAAUUCUGUGAGGAAAACAUUGAAUUCUGGCUGGCCUGCGAAGACUUCAAAAAAACCAAAUCACCUCAAAAGCUGUCCUCAAAAGCGAGGAAGAUAUACACUGACUUCAUAGAAAAGGAAGCUCCGAAAGAGAUAAACAUAGACUUCCAAACCAAAACUCUGAUCGCCCAAAACAUUCAGGAGGCGACCAGCGGCUGCUUCACGACUGCGCAGAGGAGGGUGUACAGCCUGAUGGAGAACAACUCCUACCCCCGCUUCCUGGAGUCCGAGUUCUACCAGGACUUGUGUAAAAAGCCCCAGAUCAGCACGGAGCCCCACGCUACAUGAAGCGAGGGAGGGAACCCACAAAGGACACUUCAUUCUCUUCCCUUCGGGGAAAGGCCUUGACCUGGGAGUCCGCCCUUGAAUUCAGCCGGGGAGUUGAGGAAACCCGAGGAAACCCGUUGAGAACUGUUGACUCCAAGUUGGGUAGUAAAUGAGGAAGUGGUAACCAUGGAGACAGCGUGCAUCAGAAUUUCUUCUGACUCAGUGUGGACAGGGAAGGUCUGAGUGGGGCGUGUCUCACUCCGGAAGAGCAGGAACGUGUGAAAAAGAUGUGCUGUCACACCCGAGGUCCUAAAGCAUUUCAGAUGGACGGGUCUGGGACUCGGUGGCCUUGGCCAGCUGGCUGGAUCCUCCCCCAGUUCAGUCCACCUUCCCCCAAAUCAGUCCCUGUUCCCACACGGUGGUUUUCAUUUCCUUUUUUUUGUAUUAAGUAACACAAUGUUUACUGUGUGUGAAGGUGUUGUCCUUGUGACUACAGAGCACCAGCUCUGCUGUCACACGGGACACCGAAACUGACAGGGUCUGGUGGACGUUAAGUGCUGAGUGAAGUGGAGUGAGUGCCGUUGUAGGAAACAGUGCCCGCUACGAGUGCCAAAAACUGUCCUGAAGGCAGCUAGACUUCGAAGUGGUCUUUGAAUACUUUUAAUAAAUUUAUUUUGAUAAAUAAUUUCAGUGAA